CCCCCCCCGACCGGCUGGGUGUUGGGGAUUGGGGCCGUCCUGCUUCGGAACUGGGAGACAGCGCGGGGCUGAUUGGGUUGAGAGGAAAGCCGGGGGGAGGGUGGUUGGGGGAAGCCAGUUGGUUUGAACCGGAGCCUGCCUGCCCGCCCGCCCGUCAGGAUGAACGGUCUUUCGCUCAGCGAACUCUGCUGCCUCUUCUGCUGCCCGCCCUGCCCCAGCCGCAUUGCUGCCAAGCUAGCCUUCCUGCCCCCUGAGGCCACCUACGCGGCGGUGGCUGAUGAGUCCGGGAGCCGCUGGAGCCUCCGCUUCACCGAGCGGGCCGAGUGGCAGUACGGCCAGCGGGAGCUCGAUUGCACCGACAUCUUCCUCAUCCGCACUAGCCGAGGGAAUAGAAUCGCCUGCAUGUUCAUCCGAUGCUCUCCGAGCGCCAGGUUCACACUUCUCUUUUCCCAUGGGAAUGCAGUGGAUUUGGGACAGAUGAGCAGCUUCUACAUUGGAUUAGGCACCAGAAUCAACUGUAAUAUCUUCUCCUAUGACUACUCAGGGUAUGGAGUCAGCAAUGGAAAACCUUCUGAGAAGAACCUGUAUGCUGACAUUGAUGCUGCAUGGCAGGCAUUAAGGACCAGAUAUGGCAUAAGUCCUGAAAACAUUAUAUUGUAUGGACAAAGUAUUGGUACCGUUCCAACCGUUGAUUUGGCUUCCCGGUAUGAGUGUGCUGCUGUUAUUCUACAUUCUCCCCUAACCUCAGGAAUGCGGGUGGCAUUCCCAGACACAAAGAAAACAUACUGCUUUGAUGCAUUCCCCAACAUUGACAAAAUCUCCAAAAUCACAUCGCCUGUGUUGAUCAUCCAUGGCACUGAGGAUGAAGUGAUCGAUUUCUCCCAUGGCUUGGCAUUGUAUGAACGCUGCAUGAAGGCAGUUGAGCCACUGUGGGUGGAGGGGGCUGGUCACAAUGACAUUGAACUGUACAGCCAGUACCUGGAACGGCUCCGAAAGUUUAUCUCCUAUGAACUGGUAAAUGUGCAACGGAAUUGAAUGGAACCAAGAACAAACAUUUUGGAAAGUCUAUUUUUUCAGGAGAACUUUGGAUAGCAUUGGAAAUACAAACACAACCAUGAUUUUUUUUUUAAAAAUUCACAUUGGGUGCUAGUGCGGGUAAAACAUAGAAGACAGAUGCAAUGCAGCAGUUAGCCUGGAGAGUAUUACUAAUUACUUACAACUGUAGUAAAUUGUCAGUUUUCAAUUUGUGAGGUUAAAACCAGAAUAAAAUUGAACUUGUCCCUUUAGGAGAUGGAUCUUCUGAUGUGCUGCCCUUUUGUGGUCUUGGCUAAUAGAAAAACAGUACAAUGGCGAUUUUUAAUCGAUUCCAUUUUUUUCCAAAUUAUGUUAAGUCACCCUGUAAUAUAAAUUUAAAGAUGAUCUCAUUUGAAAAUACACAGAAAAUCUCUCAUAAAGACCAAUGUAAUCGCAACACAGGGCUCCACUCUUAAAGAGACAAGACUCCAUAAUGUUUUUCUCAUCUCUUUUUAAUACUGAGGAUAUUGAUGUGUCAUAUUAAUAUCUGUGAUACAUCAUAGCUCUUCCCCCAUACUCCUAUGAGCUGCCACCUUUUGAUACCGUUUAAAUGUACACUGAAGAGUAAGGGAGGAUUUGGAGAUAUCAUAUCCUGUCAACAAGUUCCAGAUGUUAAAUUGAGCUGUGACUUCUUGAUAGCGUUAAAAAUGGUUCAGUCGAGCAGGAUAGAAUUGAAUCUUUCUUGGAAAAGACUCCUUAAGACAAUAAUCGAUGAGAACAUUAUUGAAAAGGAACCAACUUGGAAAAAUAUUUUGUGUAAGGGGGAAAAAAUACUGAAAUUUGUUUCAGAUGUGGUUUAGUUUAAGGCUGUGAAUACAAAGUGAAUAUAGUAGCCAGUUCAGUGUACCAAUAUCCUUAAAUUUGGUCUUUGCACGUUACUUCUGCCACUCCUGCAGCCAUUAGGUCAGGAUUUUUCAGUGUUCAUUUGGGGUGCAUUUAGAAGCAUUUGGAGUAUCAGAAUCUGACUAUAAUGCACUGCUGCCUUUCACACCAUAGAUCCGGUGCUUUGAGAUUGUUAGGGGCACUGAAUUAUUUCUCGGUUGUAUCGCAGCAAAUUGGCAGAUUCAUUGAAGUUUAAGUGUAGCUGCUUGUGGCCUGUAUUUUGUACUAUGAGCUGUCCAAAGCAAUCAAGAUUAAAUGGAUUCUGAGAUGUAUCUCUAAGAAACUUCCCUUGAUGGUUCAGUAUGGUUAGAUGUACUGCACAGUGUGAAACUGAGCCUUAUAGACCAGGAGGAUCCUAGGUCUGAGUUUCUGCUGAGUUAGCUGAUCUCAGCUGAAAUGAGGUAGGAGCUAGAAAUCUUGUUGUUCUAGGAUAAGACAAGAUGAAUUAAAAUCAGCGAGGGCUUCCACUCCUGACUGCUAUCCAGUGAUUGCUGCUACUUUUUGUGUAGAUGUUGGCGUUGGGUGAGAACAAGAUCAGGCUUGACCGUGCUUUCCAACUUGACCCUUCACUGCCCCUUCCAGUGAGAUCAGCGCUUGCAUUCUAGGCCUACAAGUGAUAAACAUUCUAAUCAAUGAGGUGAGGGCAGCUAGCACAUGCGGAACGGAUCCAGCAUGAGGUGCACGCUUUCAGGAGAGGCAAGGAGAAAACUGGAGACGCAAAAACAAAAAUCCAUCUCAUUUACUGUCGCCCAAUGAGAUUGAUUGUCAAUGUUAUUCUUUAGCAUCACCAGAAUGGUAAACAUGGCCAUAAUCUAACCAAUAUAGUGAUGAUCUGUAAGGGUGUGCAGUAAGUCAGUUUUAAAUUCACACUACCAUUUUUCCCAGUGUGCUAAAUGAGCUUUUUUUUUAUUUUUGUGAUCAACAAACACUAGAAACACGAGCAAUGGAAUAAAGCUGAUAUUCCACUAAUUCUGUAAGUAUCAGCAAUUAGGAUUGAAUGCUCAUAAGUGUCUGACACUUAAGAAGUUAGAGGACAGAGGUUGAGUACCCAGAAUAAUACUGAGCCUAACAUCACAAUACAAUCCAGGAAAUGAACUAGAUUUGAUUCCCUUUCUCUGCAGUCAUGGCUUUUACGAUGCCAUUGGUCUAGCACGGGCAAAUCAGUCUUCUCGUCAUUAGCCCAAUGACUUGCUUAAAUGUAUAGAUAUUGAGUGAGGGCGGGAUCACACUAGGUUGUGAUGCUCCUCAGUGUUGAAUAGCCUGAUGAUAAUGUUCCCAAUCUAGGUUCACAAAUGAAGAAUAAUCCAUUGAUUAAAAUAACCAAUUGGUACUGGUGAUAUAGAAUGCAUGCUUGGCACCAGGAAAGGAGGGAACAAUUAAUAAUUGGGUGGGAAAUUUCAUUCAAUUUAAGUGUAUACUGUCUAGAAUUUGUGAUAUUAGUAAACCAGCACGUGAUGCAUGAACAGGGUAUUUUCCAGUCUGUUUUAAUUAAUUGGUUUGUUUUAAACAGGUUAACAUCUAUGUUAAACAUUACGUUUUUGCUUACUAAUAUCACGAACUACUUUCUGUGCUAAACUAAGGGUCAUUGAUUAAUUUCUUGGUUCUGGGCUGUAAUGCUCUUUGUACCCUGUGGGUGUUCAUAUUUUUAAAGGCUCCAUAAUAUGUGCAUGAUGAUAUAAAUGUGGAUGUGCCCAGUAUCAGAUGAUAGAAAUCAUUUAAAUAGAACAUUUGUUCUAAUGUAAAGAUGCAUUUUUUAAUUAUUAAUUUUUAUUGCACAUCUCUAAAUCUUUGCAUUAGGUUGGUAGUUAACGUGUGAUGGAGAAACUAAGGAUCCCAAUGUCUCACUCCCUGUUGAGAACUAAGACUGUGUAUCUCAAAAUUGGGACAGUCACAGAUUGAGACUAUGCAGCUUUGCUAUAUAUGUUCCCAGGAGUGGUGUAAUUCUGACGUUUCACCCCUAAAAUAAUACCUUUUUUAAUGGUGAACGGAUAACAGACUUGUAAAACUAAAAUGGUGUAAUCAUCAAGAGUGGUAAAAUGGGAGCCAAACACAGGAGAUUGAAUGUAAAUGUUAGCUAGCUGUGUUAAAAUACUUUUGGUCACUACAUGUCCUUUUCCCUUUAAGGCUGCUGUAAGCAGCCUUGCCGCUGGAUUGUUCUCUAUUUUGAAACAAUUAUUGUUUGCAACAAUGACAAAAACUUUAUUGCAACAUUAUAUUAAACAUAUUUAACUGAAAAUUUAA